CUCGGUAUCAGUCUCCAUCAUUUCUCACUGGAACAGCGACACGAAUAGAGACACGGCAAACACCUCGCCAAACUUUAGCCCAGCACCCCGACACACCGCACACUGUAGGCGCUGUGAAGAAGACUCGGCAUGGGGGACCAUAUUGCUAUUUUCCUGUUGAUGCUUGCGUCCACGGCACUGUCUCUUGAGGUGCCGUCAGACGAGGGAGGCGGUCUCCUGGCGGAACCGCAGGUGGCCAUGUUCUGCGGGAGGCUCAACAUGCACAUCAACGUGCAGACCGGCAAGUGGGAGACCGACCCUAGUGCCACCAAGAGCUGCAUCGGCACCAAGGAGGGCAUCCUGCAGUACUGCCAAGAGGUGUACCCUGAGCUGCAGAUCACUAAUGUGGUGGAGGCCAACCAGCCCGUCAGCAUCCCCAACUGGUGCAAGAAGGGCCGCAAGCCGUGCCGCAGUCACCAGCACAUUGUGGUGCCCUACCGCUGCCUAGUUGGAGAGUUUGUGAGUGAUGCGCUGCUGGUUCCUGACAUGUGUAAGUUCCUACACCAGGAACGCAUGGACAUGUGUGAGAGCCACCUGCACUGGCACUCCGUGGCUAAAGAGUCUUGCGGGGACCGCACCAUGAAUCUCCAUGACUACGGGAUGCUGUUGCCAUGUGGAAUUGAUCGUUUCCGUGGCGUUGAGUUUGUGUGUUGCCCCAGCGAGGCAGAGCAGGAAGCAGACAGCGCUGAGCUGGAAGUGGACGACUCCGACGUCUGGUGGGGAGGAGCCGAGACCGAUUAUGCCGACAACAGCAUGGCCAAAGAGGCAGAGCCCGUAGAGCAGGAACCGGAGCCAGAGCCAGAGCAGGAACCGGAGCCAGAACCGGAACCGGAACCGGAGCCAGAACCAGAGCAGGAGGAGACCCGGCCUGCUGCCUUCGAGGAGUACGACGAUGAAGAGGAGUACGAUCAGGAGGAGGCCGCCGAAGACAACGACCAGGAUGGCGACGGACAGGAGGAUGAGGAGGACGAGGACGACGAGGACGACAUCACCGACGACAAUGAGCCUACCACCAGCGUUGCCAUGACGACCACGACAACAACCACCACUGAGUCCGUGGAGGAAGUGGUCAAAGAGGUGUGUUUGUCUCAAGCGGAGACGGGGCCAUGCAGAGCCAUGCUGCCCCGCUGGUACUUCGUGGGCGAGGAGGGCCGCUGCGCCCCCUUCAUCUACGGCGGCUGCGGCGGCAACCGCAACAACUUUGAGUCCGAGGAGUACUGCCUGUCCGUCUGCAGCAGCCUGAUGCCCACUACCACCCCUGCCACCCCCGACGCUGUGGACCACUACCUUGAGUUGCCCGGAGACGAGAACGAGCACGCCCAGUUCCAGAAGGCCAAGGAGAGCCUGGAGGCCAAACACAGGGAGAAGAUGAGCCAGGUUAUGAGGGAGUGGGAGGAGGCAGAGAGACAAGCCAAGAGUCUCCCACGUCCGGACAAGAAGGCCGUCAUCCAGCACUACCAGGAGAAGGUGGAGGCCCUGGAACAGGACGCAGCGCGUGAGCGCCAACAGCUGGUGGAGACGCACAUGGCUCGCGUGGAGGCCCUGCUCAACGACCGCCGCCGACAGGCCCUUGAGAGCUACCUCACCGCCUUGCAGGCCGAGCCCCCCAGGCCCCGUCAUGUGUUUAGUCUGCUGAAGAAGUACGUCCGUGCCGAGCAGAAAGAUCGCCAGCACACACUCAAGCACUUUGAGCAUGUGCGCAUGGUGGACCCCAAGAAGGCCGCUCAGAUCCGGCCCCAGGUGCUGACCCAUCUGCGUGUGAUUGAAGAGCGCAUGAACCAGUCCAUGGGCCUGCUCUACAAAGUACCUGGUGUUGCUGAUGAAAUCAAGGACCAAGUCGAGCUUCUUCAGAGGGAGCAGCAGGAGAUGUCUGUGCAGCUGUCCUCCCUGCAGACGGAAGUGCGCGUGAGCUACGGCAACGACGCCCUGAUGCCCGACAUGCCCGAGAGCACAGCGCCCCAGGAGACACUGCCCCCAGUGGAGGGAGGACUGUUGGAUGGCCUGGGCUUCAUCCACCCUGAGAGCUUCAAUCAGGCCAACACACUGAAUGAGGUUGAACCUGUGGAUGCCCGUCCUAUGCCAGACAGAGGACUUCCCACACGACCAGGCACAGGGCUGAAGCUGGGAGAGAUUCCUGAGCUUAAGAUGGAGGCAGAGGAGAGGCACAGUGCCGGAUACGUCCACCACCAGAAACUGGUGUUUUUCGCUGAGGAUGUCGGUCCUAACAAAGGUGCCAUCAUUGGUCUGAUGGUGGGAGGGGUUGUCAUAGCGACCAUCAUAGUCAUCACCCUCGUGAUGCUGAGGAAGAAGCAGUACACCUCCAUCCACCAUGGAGUCAUUGAGGUUGAUGCUGCUGUGACUCCAGAGGAGCGCCACCUGUCCAAGAUGCAGCAGAACGGCUAUGAGAACCCCACCUACAAGUUCUUUGAGCAGAUGCAGAACUAAGAGGCUACCCCCGCAACCCCCAUAUCUCCAGCCCAACCACCCCCCCACCACCACCACCCUAUUCCCCCAAACCCUCUCCUCAACCCCCCAUCCAACCCACUCCCACCCCCCUCUCUAGCUCUGGACAGUGUAGGAAGGACCCAUUCCCUUAUUCAACACAGCCUGCAGCAUUUACCACUAACGUAAGCAUGAUCGUUCAUGAUUGGUCAGUGACCCUGUACGUCAAAAUACCAGCUUAAUUUGGCUUUGGAGGGUGGGUUUAUCCCCUUUAUCCCCCCCUCCCCCCCUUCCAUGGCAGAGUGUGGCAAAUAAAUCCCUGAUAGAUGUUCUAGAAUCAGAACUGCUGGUAUUCCUCUUCCUGGUCUUCUACCAGACUUGGGGCAGAGAAAACUGAUCCUGGGUCUGUGGGUGGGAUGCGCUGAUGCGACUGUCAGGACCAACACUGUCCCAACGCCAGCCUACACCUGAGGGUCAGUUACAAUGAGGCCACCUCUCUCGCACUCGCUCUCUCUCUCUCUCUCUCUCUCUCUCUCUCUCUCUCUCUCUCUCUCUCUCUCUCUCUCUCUCUCUCUGUCUGUCUGUCUCUCUCUCUCUAUAUAUUUCUCUCCCCAUAUUCACCCUCUCUCACUGCCCUCCCCUCCUUGUACUUUGACGGCAGCAGUGCUGUGUUGCUAAGGUGAACUAACGCUGAGACAUGGUUGAUGAUUGUAUUGGAUGUAAUAAUGUUACACUCACGAAUGAGAUCUUUGCUUCGCUAGGGUUAUCCAGCAGUCUGGUUUCUUUUUAAGAAAAAGAAGGAAAAAAAAAACUAAAAAUGGUGGAAAAAAGGAAAUGAAAAAUACGUCAAUUGUGAUUUCUUUUUUUUAUUACGUGUAAUGUAUUGACGUCAUCAGGACAAUUAGCUGUACUUAUUUAGUGCAUGGUGGAAUAAAAAAACAGACAAAACAAGAUUUGAAAAACAGAAAUAAAAAAAAAUAUCUGCUGUUCGGAAAGGGUCCUUUCUCACCUAGAAACCGUGUCAUUUUAGCAGAGUUGUAUAUCUUCUAGUAUAUUCUUGUGGAAAUGUGACUGAAUGAAAAUGGAGACCUGAAAAUUGAAAUUAGAAUUGGCUUUCUGCUUUGAUAUCAUUUAAACAUAUUUUUUUUUAGGUCUGCUCAUGCUGAUUUUAAUUUUUUUCUUUGUCUGUCAUCUUUUUUUACUUUACCGUGUUCCUCUUUCUUAACAGGGGAGGCUAGCUGAAUCUGUGUACAUUUGCGUAUCGUUUAAGUUUUAAUGUGUUUGCAUCCUAUGCAUUUAUUCAGAGAUUAAUUUAGUGGCUUUCUCAAGCGGCUGUAUUUAAUUGAUUCCUAUUCAUUUCAUGUGAUCA